GCGGGAAGAAUGUGUAGGGUUAGAUAGUAACUGUUGCGUACUAAGAGAAAGAUAUUUUUUCCUGAGUACUUUUGCUUUCAAAUUGCUUAACGUUGCAAAAAUAUCUACUACCACCGAGCCAUCCAAGCUAUGGAGUGUCUAGGACUGAUCGGAUUUUUCCUGGCCCUCUUGGUGCUGCUGUUGUACAUCUGUGCUGACUCGUGCCGUCGUAAGGAUUUCUUGCAAGCUACAGUGGCCCUGGCUUUUGCGGGAGUCCUGUUUUCAAGCAUUGGAUACGCCAUGUUUGGGUCCUCACAGAACGUGGAGAACAUAUGGGGCCUGGGGAGGGAAGUUGGCUGGUCUAUGGGGGUGGCCAUUGCUGGAACAGUCUUCUACGCUUUUGGUGGAAUCAUGCUCAUCGUCCAGCUGAUUAAAUAACGCUAAACAGUGCAGGCUGUGCUGUUUUUAUAUUUUAACUACCAUCUCAUGUAUUGAACUAGCCAGGUUUUCUGGUUUGAUCAGUGAAAUAUCGGUUUG